AUGAGCGCGUCGACGCGGACGCCCGACGCGGAGGGAGCGAGCGAGGCGCUCGAUCGCGUCGUGUUGAGGUACCUGGCGAAACGUGGGUACAAAUCAGCGGCUGGAGUCUUGCGAGCCGAGGCGGGGUUGGCGCAGACGGUGAGCGAGGACGAUUAUAAGACGGGGAUGUCGCUCGCGAGCGCGAUGGGGGCGGACGCGGCGCUGAGCGAUCACUUGUUGUGGCGAAGCGAGCAAGAGAGCGAUCCGAGGUUCGCGAUCGCGGCGUACGCGAAACUGCGAGAUUGGGCGCACGGGAGCCUGGAGAAGUACAAGGGUGAGCUGUGUCGGAUCUUGUUUCCAGCGUUUGCGCACGUUUUGAUCGAUCUCGUGAAAAGAGGGUUCGGGGAGGAGGCGCGGGAGUUUUACGUGGAGCACCACGCGGACCACAUGCGCUUGUACGGGGAAGAUUUGGCCGCUUUGAGCGCGCUGAGCGAGCCCGAACACAUCGAGAGCGAUCCGAUCGCUAGAAAAUUUUUGGAGAACAAGGCGAGCGUGCGGAUGACUUCGUACUCGUUUGAUUUGCUGGUAAAGUUUUUGCACGCUAACGACCUGAUGGCGGUGCUCGCGGUGCUCAACGCACACCUGUGCGUGGACGUAGUCAAGGGUGAUCCAAGCCCGUUCGAAGACGAUGCCGACGGCGCAGUCGUGAUCACUGGUCGAACGCCCGAGGCACAGCGCAAGUUUAACAGCGUGAAGGGCCGAUGGGGUUUGGUGGAGUCGUGCCUGGAGAUCGAACGCAUUCGACAGCAUAAAAAGGAUACCAAGGAGAGGGAGAAGGAACGCGCAGCCAAGGCUCGGGAAGAGGCGAAGAAGUCUAAGAAGAAGAAGAAGAAGAACGACGGCGGCGCGGAGGAGGCGAACGAGGCUGAGGUCGACGAGGAUGGCGAAGGCGAGGGUGACGAUGAGGAAAUGCCGGACGUACCUGAGAAGAAGGAGGCCGAGUACCCGGUUGCGAUGCUCGAGAAUCCGCCAAACACGAUCCGAAGUAAAGUACCGCUUCCUCAGCUCGACUACGACGCUUACGAGGAAGCCGUCGAGGAUUUGAGAUGGCGAGUGAAGCUCACGAAGGAUACCCUUCCUACUGUAUGCUUCUUUACUUUUACGCACGCGCACGGUUUGCUCACGUGCUCUGAUGCGACUGCGGACGUGAAGCAUGUUGCGGGUGGGUUCACCGACUCCGUCGUUCGCGUGUGGCACUUGGAGGAGGAAGAUGAGGACUAUAAGAAGUAUAAGAAGGAAAAGGGACCGAUUGAUCGAGACGCGAAGGUCGCGCGCUCAAUCCCAAUGACUGAGUUCGUCGGGCACAGCGCCCCGGUGCAUCAAGUCGCGUUCAGCCCGUGUGGCAAGUUUCUCCUUUCUGCUUCGAGAGAUUGCCAUGUGCGAGUCUGGAGCAUGGAGCUGAAGAUUUGCUUGUGUGCGUACGAGGGCCAUCUGCAUCCAAUUUGGGACGUGCAGUGGAGUCCGUUCGGAUAUUACUUCGCCACAGCGUGUCACGACCGCGUGGCCAGGGUAUACGCCAUGGACGCUCCGUUCCCUCGACGCAUGUUCGUCGGUCACUUGUCGAACGUGGAUUGCAUCGCGUGGCAUCCAAACGUAAACUACGUUGCCACCGGCUCAGCCGACCGCACGUUGCGACUGUGGGAGAUGAGCGAUGGUGAGUGCGUUCGUGUGUUCGCGGGACACGCCGCCGGUGUGCGAUCCAUAGCAUUUUCCCCCGAUGGUAGGACCAUCGCGAGCGGUGCAGAUGACGGACGAGUGUACUUGUGGGAUCUCGCACGCGCCACGUGCGUCGCAAGCCUCAAAGGCCACGUCGGGCCGGUAUACUCCAUGGACUUUGCUGGAGGUGGCGGAUUGGUCGUCUCCGGCGGCGCCGACGACACCGUCAGAGUCUGGGACGCGUCGACGCCGGAGACGAAUGAAGACGACGCGACGAACGCACCGCCGCCGCUAUCUGCAGUGGCCAAGCGCUUGCCGCUCAAAACGUUUCCAACGAAGAACACGCCCGUGUUCAAGGUCAAGUUCUCGCGCCGAAACCUGUGCCUGGCCAUGGGUGCUCGCAGAUCCAAGACGGAGUCCUCGUAG